AUGAUCGAAGGAAAUUUUGAAAAGAACAAUGAUAACCAAGUUGCGAUUGUUGGUCUUGGGCUAAGAUUACCAGGUAACUCGGGUUCUCCUUUAGAAUUUUGGAAAAACUUGCUUGAUGGUUUUGAUGGAAUUGUUGAUUCUAAUCAAAGAUGGAGCGACACACUCCAUAGUAUUGGAGAAAUCUCAAAUAAGAAUGCAGGAUUAAUUGAUUUGGAAGAGAAUUGGCAUUCUUUUGAGCCAUUGUUUUUUGGAAUCAAUCCAACUGAUGCUAAACAAAUUGAUCCACAAAUUAAAUUAAUGUUAAAGUUAACAUGGGAAGCAUUUGAAGAUGCAUCAAUUGAUCCUUUAAAACUCAGAGGAACCAAUACUUCUGUUUUUGUUGGUGCCGCAAAUACUGAUUAUUCUUUGAUUAAUUUCGAACAAAAUGAAGCACCAAUCAAUAUUUUUAAUGGUACUCUCAGUGCAUUUGCAAAUAGAAUAUCAUAUUGUUUUGAUUUACGUGGUACUUCAUUAACACUUGAUACAGCAUGUUCAUCAUCAUUAAAUGCAGUUCAUUUAGGAUAUGAAUCAAUUGUUAAUGGUAAAUCAAAUUACUCUGUAGUAGCUGGUUGUAAUAUAUUAUUAAAUCCAUAUAUUACUAGAUCAUUUCAUUCAAUUAAUAUUACAGGUAAAUCUGGUAGAUGUAAUUCAUUUGAUGAAUCUGCUGAUGGUUUUGUACGUUCAGAAGGUGUUGUUGUAUUAAUUUUAAAAAGAUUAUCACUUGCAAUUCAAGAUGGUGAUCAAAUUUAUUGUGUAAUGAAAGGAAGUAGUUCAAAUGUAGAUGGUACUUUUAAGAAAACAAACUUUUUUGCACCUUCAAAAAAUGCACAAUCAACUAAUAUCAAAAAUGCAUUUUUAUCAUCCAAUGGUGCAAUGAAAUAUCAAGAUAUUGAUUUCUUUGAAUUACAUAGUACAGGUACACAAGUAGGUGAUCCAAUCGAAGUUGAAGCUGUUGCUGAUAUUUUUAAAAAUGUUAAACAAGAACCAUUAUUAAUUGGAUCAGUUAAAUCAAAUAUUGGUCAUCUUGAACCUGCAUCAGGUGUAGCAUCAUUAGCAAAAGUUUGUUUAAUGUUUAAACAUCGUCAAUUUGUAAAGAAUAUUCAUUUCAAUAACCCAAAUCCAAAUAUUAAAUUCAAAGAAUGGAAUGUUAAAGUAUGUACAGAAACAACAGCAUUCCCAGAUAGACAAGUAUCAAUGGCAAUCAAUAGUUUUGGUAUAACUGGUUCAAAUGCAUGUGUUUUAUUGUCUGAAUACAUCAAACCUUCAGAAAUAAAAAAUCAAACAUCUAUGAAAUUAAAUGAAAAAUCUAAAUUAUUAAUACCAAUCUCAACCAACUCAAAGAAGUCACUCGAACAAUUCAAAUCAAAACUACUUGAAGAAAUUGAUACAUAUUCAGAAAGCUUAACUUUUGAAGAGUUUGCAAUGUUUCAAGUUUAUUCAAAAACAACCAAAUUAUCACAAAGAUCAGUUUUAAUUGGUAACGAUUGGAAUGAUUUAAAAAUUGAUAUAAAUGAAAUUAUUUCAACAAAAAAUAAUAAAUCUGGUAAUAUUAUCAAAUCAAAUGAUAUUAAUCCACCAUUAGUAUUUUCAUUUUGUGGUCAAGGUCCUCAAUAUUCAAAAAUGGGUUUAAAUUUAUAUCAAAAUGAACCAAUAUUCAAAGAAUUCAUGGAUUUAUUAGAUUCAAUACUAUUUAAAUAUUUUGGAUAUUCAAUCAUUCAAAAACUAAGAUCAAUUAAUGAUGAUCCAAUUCUAAUUAAUGAACCAAUAUUAGCUCUACCAUCUAUAUUUAUGAUUCAAAUAUCAUUAUAUAAAUUAUAUUUGCAUUGGGGAAUCACACCAUCUAUAAUAGUUGGCCAUAGUUUAGGAGAAGUAGCCAGUGCAUUUUGUUCAGGCAUGAUUGAUUUAGAAACAGCAUGCUUCGUGAUAUAUAAAAGAGCAACCAUUCAAAAUAAAACCAAUGGAUCUGGAAGACUUUUAGCAAUUAGUUUAAAUCUUGAAGAAUUCAAUAAUCAAUUUUCAAAGGAAUAUCCAGAAAUUGAAAUUUCAUGUUUUAACUCACCAUCAUCAAUCGUUGUAUGUGGUAAUGAACUUGAUAUAUUAAAUAUUUCAAAAUCAUUAAAAGAGAAACAAAUAUUCAACUCUUUAUUAGGUACAUCAUCAGCAUUUCAUUCAUCAAAACAAGAUAUAAUCAAAGAUGAAAUCAUAGAAUCAACCAAUCAUAUUCAAUCAAGACCACCUUCUAUAACAAUAUUUUCAACAGUCACAUCAAAUAAAUUCGAUAAAAAUACACCUUAUGAUUCAAAUUAUAUAUUUGACAAUAUAAGAAAGCCAGUAUUAUUUCAACAAACCAUUGAAAACAUAUUCAAAUAUAUUGAAUCAAAUGAUUUAGGUAAUUCAGUAAUAUUUUUAGAAUUAUCACCUCAUCCAACUUUAAACCAUUAUGUUAAAGAAAUGAUUCCAAAGAAUUCAAAUUACUUUUUAAACAAAGAUUCAAUAAGUGUAUUAUCAUCAUUAAAUAAGAAAAAAGAAGAUAUCAACGAAAUUCAAUCAACAAUUUCACAACUUUAUUGUUUUGGUUACAAUAUUGAUUUUAGUGCCCAAUUUAAAUCGGAAAUAACAUCAAAUUCAUUCAAGAAAUGCUCAUAUCUAAUACCACAUUAUCAAUGGGAUGAAUCAUUAUUUUGGAGAGAAGGUAUUUCAUCAAUAAAUAAUAGAAAAAAUGGAGCAUCAAUAAAUCAACUUGGUAAUAAAAAUGAAUUAUCACCACAUAUAUCAUAUACAUCAUAUAUCGAUAUUAAAGAAGAACCAUUUAGAUUCUUAAAAGAUCAUCAAUUUCGUGGUAAAUCACUUUUCCCAGGAGUUGGUUAUUUGGAUAUUAUUUUAAAACUUUUCCCAAAUCAAGAUUUAACCAUACCACUUUUAGAAUUUAAAUCACAAUUUGUAUUAACUGAAGGUGUAAAAAAAACUCUUACAACUAAUCUCUACAAAAGUGCAAAGAAUGAAUAUAGAGCAACAUUUAAUUUUAAAGAUCAAACAAGUGGUAAAUGGAUCCAAUCUGCAAAUAGUAGAAUUUUAAUGAAAAGUUUAGAUGUAACAGUUAAAAAAGUUGAUGUUCAAUCAAUACGUGAUCAAUGUAAUUGGUCAACUUUGAAAAGAGAACAAUUAUAUGAUUUAAUUAAAAACUAUUCAAACAUUUCACUAUUAGAAUCAUUUCAAAGAAUUGAAGAAGCUUCAUAUGGUGAUAAUAGAUGCUUGUGUAAAGUUUCAUUGGAUCCAACUUCAAGCUAUGAUAAUGAAUCAUUUUUAAAUAUUUGCAUUAUUGAUACAUGUAUACAUCCAUGUAUUUUCUUUGAUAACCCAGCUUCGUCUGUUUUUGAAAGAAUUGAACAUUUAAAAAUUUAUUCUUCAAGUGUUCCAUUAACUGCAGAAGAUAGAGUGAAGCAACAAUACGUUUACUGUUAUGUUGAACUUAUUAAAAAAUAUAGUGAUUUUAUUUAUUUUAAAACAACUUGCUUCUUAAAAGAUGGCACUGUUCUAUUACAUUCUCCAUUGGUAACAAUUGCAUCUACUCUAUCAACAAAUAUUGAUACUAAUAUUGAAUGUCCAAACAAUCAAUUAUUUUCACAAUGUCUUCAACCAAAAGAUUCAAUUUUACAAUCACCAUUAAUAUUGAAAGAAUAUUUUAAUCAACAACUUCAACUUCAACAAUCAAAUAUCAUUUCAAUAUCUACUCUAUCCUCUUAUCUUUUUUCCACAUUAAAGAAAAUAUUGAAUAACCUAACCACUGAUGAAUUUCAAAAUGGUUCACUUGAAGAGUUUAUCGGAAAAUAUUCAUAUAUCUUGGAAGAGAUUCAAGAAGCUAGUACUUUCAGAUCCAAUUUAAUCUUCUUAUCAAUCAACUUUUUAUUAACACAUCACAAACAUAUUGAUCAAAACCAAGUUUCAAACUUUCUCUUGAAUAACAUUCCAAACGAAUUAUUAGUUCUUGAUACUAUUGUUUCAAAUAAAGGUAUUUCACAUAUUGGUAUUUAUCAACAUCAAUUAAUUUUAGAUAUAAUUUCAAAAUCAAUUAUUCCAAUCGUAAAUGAAAAAAUAGUUUUUAGAAUUUUAGAAAUUGGAUGUGGUGUUGGUGAAUUAACUAAACUAAUCAAUGAUAAAUUAGAAUCAAUUUUAAAUGAUAAUCCAUCAUAUAACAUUGAUAUAGAAUUUGUAUUUUCAGAUUAUACCGAUUCAAAAGUAUUAUUAAUUAAAGAAAGAUUAUUUAAUUCAAAAAAGAGUUGUUUCUUUAAAAUUAUUGAUUUAAACAAACAAUUACAAGAACAAUCAUUUUCACCAUCUUAUUAUGAUUUAAUUAUUCUAUCAAAUACAACAAAUCAAAUUAAAGAUAUUAAAACAUCAAUUUCAUUUAUAAAUGAAAUUUUAACUCCAAACGGUCAUUUGUUAAUUUUAGAUACAAAUUUCAUUCAAACAUCAAUAGAUGAAGAUUAUUAUUUAGAAAACUACAAACAAUGGUUAUCAUUUAAUUAUUUAAAUUCUGGUAGUGGUGCAAUGAAACUAAAUCAAUGGAAUCAAUUAUUAAUAAAUGAUUUGAAAUUUAAUAAUUUCAUAUGUUCAACAGGUGAAAUUGAACCAUAUUUAAUUCAAGUUCAAAAAUCAAAUUUAUCAAAUUCAAUUAAUUCAGUUAGUAAAGAGCAUUCAUCAGAAUAUGAUCAAAUUAUAAUUUUUGGUACUUGUGAUGAAAUUAAUAUUGGUUCUUCUUUCUAUGGCUUAGUUCCAAUAGCAAUAAAUUCAAUUGAUAAGUUUAAAGAACAUGUCAAAUUACAACCAUUAACUGAUAAAUCAUUAAUAUUAUUUAUUGAAUCAGUAAAUCUAUUAACAGUUGAUAAUUUUAAUCAAGUCUCAAUGAACUAUAUAGAAAUCAAUCAACAUUUAUUAAAAAAUGAAAUUUCAGGUUGUAAACAUAUUUUAAUUUCAAGAAAUGUAAACUUUGAAACUUCAAACUUAUUUGGAUCAUCAUUAAUUGGUUCAUUUAGAUACUUUUGUGAAUUCAAUCAAUUAAAUAUAUAUUCAUUUGAAUUUGAAGGUAAUAAUAUCCUUAGUGGUGAUGGUGGUGAUAAAUUAUUUAAUAUUAUUCAAGAAUUAUCAAAUUCAAAUAAACAUUCACAAAAUGAAUUUUCAAUUAGAAGUGAUGGUAAAAUUUAUUAUGAAAGAAUUAAAUUAGAAUCAAAUUUAAAAUUAAAAUAUAAAUCAAAAUCAUAUAUUGAAAAUAAAAAUGAAUUAGUUUCAAGAUUAAAACCAGAUUUAACAUUUGCAUUAGAAGCAGUAUUACCAUUGAAUCCAAAUUUCGUUGAAGUUAAAGUAAUGGCAAGUGGUGUUAAUUUUAAAGAUUUCUUAGUUUAUCGUCAAUUAAUUAAUAUGGCAAAUUCAAAUGAAAAUGGUGAUCCUUCAAAACCACAAUUUGGAUAUGAACUAAGUGGAAUCGUUACCAAAGUCGGUAAGAAUGUGACCAAAUUCAAAGUUGGUGAUCAUGUAAUGGGAGGUGCUUUUCAUACAUUUUCAUCAAGUGUUCAUGUAGAUCAAGACAGAAUCGAAUUAAAACCAUCAAACAUUUCUUGGUUUGAAGCAUCACAAUCUUUAGUUUAUUUAACUUCAUAUUGUAGUUUAUUCGAACUUGGUAGAUUAGAUUUAUAUGGUUCAACUGAAACAGUUUUAAUUCAUUCAGGAAGUGGUGGUAUUGGUUUAUCUUGUAUCGAUUUAUUACAAGUAUAUGGAUUUAAAGGAUUUUUAUUUGUAACUGUAGGUUCUGAAGAAAAGAAACAAUUUUUAAAAGAUCGUUAUGGUAAUUUCAUCACAGAGAUUUAUUCAACUAAAAAUACAGACUAUGAAUAUUUAAUUAAAGAGAAAUUAAUUGAAUUAAAAGCACCAUCUCAAGAAUAUGGUAGUUUUUCAAUGAUUUGUGUGGAUUUAAUUAUAAAUACUUUAUCAGCAGAUUAUAUGGAUGCAAACUUUAAUUGUCUUUCACAAGGUGGUAGAAUUAUAGAUUUAUCGAUCACUCAUAUGACAACAACAGAUACAACCGAUUUUUAUAAAUUUAGAAAUCAUAUUGGUUAUAUGACCUAUGAAUCUGUAAUUGCUGGUUUUAGAAAACAUAAACAUGUAUUGAAAAUUAUUGUUGAUUUAUUAGCAAGUGGUAAAUUAAAAACUAUACCAUUCAAUGUAUAUCCAGUAACAAAAAUUAAAGAAGCAAUUGAAUCACUUGGUGAUAGAAAACAUAUUGGUAAAAAUAUUGUAAAUUUCAACGAUCCUGAAGGAAUUGAUUUAAUUGAUUGUCCUGAAUUUUCAAAUAACCACAACUUUAUCCAUCCUUCGUCAAAUUAUAAAAUUCAUCAAGAUACUUUAGGUAAAACAAUAUUAAUAACAGGUCAAGCAGGUCUUUCAGAUACAAUCAUAAAAUGGAUAAGAGAAAAAAGAUCAGAUUCUAUUGAAUCAAUAAUAGUAUUAUCAAAAUCACCAAUUAAAUUUGAAUUAGAAAGAGCAAUUGGUAGAAUAAGAUCAACAAAUUUGAAAAUCUAUUUUAAACAAGUUGAUAUUUCAGAUGAAAAACUUUUAUUAAAAUCAAUUAAUCAACUAUUUGAAGAAAAUAAAGAUAUUAAACCAAUUGAAUCAAUAUUCCAUAAUGCAUUUUCACCAGCAGAAUGUGAACCAUUAGAAAUUGAUAUGAAUCAUUUAAUUAGCUCUCAUUCUGCGAAAUCGAUGGGUGCCUACAAUUUACAUAAACUUUCAUUAAAUUGGCCAAUAAAACAAUUUGUUUUAUCAAGUUCAGUAACAUCAAUUUUAGGAUCACAACGUCAAUGUGGUUAUGUUGCUUCAAAUUGCUUUAUAGAUGCAUUAUCAAGACAUAGAAAAUCAUUAAAUCUACCAUGUAUUUCAAUCAAUUGGGGUCUAUUGGGAGGUGGUGGUUUUGCUGCACGUAAUGAUGCUGUUUUUAAAUUAUUUGAAUUACAAGGUUCGGUUGGUAUUUCAAAAGAUUUAGUUUGGGGUAGUUUAGAUUUACUUUUACAAAAUCAAAACGAAUCGACAAAUAAAAUGGUUGCAUCAUUUGAAUUCCACGCUACUUGUAAAACAUACAAAUAUCAUAAACUUUCAUAUAAAUUAGAUUACUUUUUAAAUCCAAUCAUAUCAAAAGAAUCUGUGACUGACGAAAAAGAAUUUUCAAUUAGACAAGAUAUCGUUGAUAAAUUUGCAUCACUACUUUCAACUGAUCAAUCCAAACUCAAUUUAGAUAUAAAGGUAAUUGAUUAUGGUGCUGAUUCAUUACUUGUUGUCGAAGUUAAAAAUUGGGCUGAUAAUAUAUUUGCUAGAAAUAUAUUAUCCAUGCCUGAAAUUCAAAACUCAACAAUUAAUCAAAUUAUUAAUAUCGUUACAACAAAAGUAUCAAAUUUACCUUCAAAGAAAAAAUAA